AUGUCAUUGGGGUAUGCUCUAUACCUCGAUGACAAAUAUCUUAGUGGGCGGCAACAUUUUACCAAGGAUUUGUUAUCAAAUGUUGGGAUGGUUAGCGCCAAGACUUGCUGUAACCAAUGCGGCAACACGUCAAUCCAGGAUAUCAAAUCAAGAAACAGGUAUGCCGAUAAAGAACUCGUAGACAAGUGCGACAUCGUUUUGACGGACAUCGAAAAUUUUUUGUACAAUAUCAAAGAAAAGAAUCAUGACCUGAAUAUGAACGACGUUAUAGAUAUCUACGAAAAUGCCAAAAUUUGCUUUAAACUAAAAAGUUCCAACCAAAUGGAACUCUUGAAUAACCAAUCAGCUCUGAUACAGGGAUAUCAAAAAACUUUAAAUUCUCACCAGACCUCUUUAAUCGAACACGAAACGGAAAUAAGAAAAUACCGAGACAUGAUAAAGCAAAUAGAAGGGGAAAAAAUAUCGCAGGCCUCGGAAAUCGAAUCCUCCAAGAAGAAUUGUGACGAGUUGGCGCAAAAAUUUAACGAAGAAAAUGGGAGGAAUAAAAAAUUGUCCGCUAAUUUGGAAGGGAUUAGGGAAAGUCUGAACAUGGAAAUUAAUAAAAAAGAAACGAUACGAAAAAAUUUGGAAUCAUUUAAAAUCGAAUACGAUACGCUAAACGAAAUGCACCAGGUGCUUCUCAAGCAUUACGACAACGCUAAAGUGCAGCAAGAAAAAAUGCGACAACAUAUCUGCCAACUAGAAGAACACAAUUCCGAAUUCAAUAAAGAUUUGAAAGAGAAAGAAGUCAGGCUGAAAGAAUCGAAUCGAAUGAUUGAGGGUCUAACAACUUGCAAGGAAGCCAACGAGAAAGACAUCUCUAAAUUGCAUUUGAUAGUGGAACAAUUACGUAGAGAUAUUGAUGCCGUAGAUGCCAACCGCAAAAAUUUGCUAAACGAUAAAAUUGCCUUGGAAUCCGUUUGCAAGAGGCAAGAGGUCGCUUUGGCGGAAAAGGACGAAGCCAAUAAAAAAUUGACAAAAGAAUUGCAAUUAUAUACCGACAUUACAUCGAAAAUUAGCCAUUUAACCAUGGACCUGAAACAACGAAGAUGA